ACCCUCCUCCAGUUGGAUCAUCGUGCGCGCUCUGACGUGAUUCCAUGCGAGGUCCUCAUUAUUGGAGUCGUUCGGUUUCUCUGACGUGUGUUUCAUUCCCGUGACGGCACCUGCGUCCUUAUAAGCCGCGGUAAGUCACCCGGGAGACCAGCUUUUCAUUGGACUGGCCCUCAGUGUCCACACGCACAAGAGAAAACACUGCACCCGACCUGGCUCUGCCUUGCUCGUCCUUUCCAUCCGCAUCAGGUGCACCAGCACAUGACUGUAGAAAUACUUGAGGUCUCCAUGCCUUCCCGCUCCAUAUAACGGAGGACCGGUGCGACGAUGACCAUCCACGUAGAGGGACUUGUGGCCAUUGCGAUCUUUUACUUACUGAUUCUGUUCGUGGGCAUCUGGGCGGCAUGGAAGAACAAGCACACGGGGGAGGCGGAGGGCACCGACCGCAGCGAAACCAUCAUGGUCGGCGGGAGAGACAUUGGAUUAUUCGUGGGUGGAUUUACCAUGACAGCCACCUGGGUUGGAGGAGGAUACAUCAAUGGCACAGCUGAGUAUGUGUAUCUGCCCGAUUUUGGCUUGGCGUGGGCACAGGCGCCCUUUGGAUAUGCCCUCAGUCUGGUUCUGGGCGGCCUUUUCUUCGCCAAGCCCAUGCGCUCACGAGGUUACGUCACCAUGCUGGACCCGUUCCAGCAGCUGUACGGGAAGCGCAUGGGCGGCCUUCUCUUCAUACCUGCACUCAUGGGUGAGAUCUUCUGGUCUGCUGCCAUUUUAUCUGCCCUGGGUGCUACUCUGAGUGUCAUCGUGGACAUAAACAUCAAGAUGUCGGUGGUCAUCUCAGCGCUCAUUGCCAUCUUCUACACCCUGGUUGGAGGACUUUACUCUGUGGCCUACACUGACGUCGUGCAGCUCUUCUGUAUCUUUGUUGGCCUGUGGAUCAGCAUCCCAUUUGCCCUGAACCACCCAGCGGUGUCCGACAUCACAGUGACAGCGGUGAAGGAGGUGUAUCAGUCGCCCUGGAGGGGCAGCAUCCGCAGCGUCGACACCUGGGUGUGGAUCGACAACUUCUGCCUCCUGAUGUUUGGAGGAAUCCCCUGGCAGGUGUAUUUCCAGAGAGUUCUGUCUGCGUCCUCGGCCACGUACGCUCAGGUCCUCUCUUUCCUGGCUGCGUUCGGCUGCCUCGUCAUGGCCGUGCCCUCCGUUCUCAUCGGAGCCAUCGGAGCCUCCACAGACUGGAACCAGACGACUUAUGGCGCCGUGCCUCCUCGGAUAAAGGACGAGGCAGACAUGAUUCUACCCAUCGUGCUCCAGCACCUCUGUCCGCCGUUCGUCUCCUUCUUCGGCCUGGGCGCCGUGUCUGCAGCUGUCAUGUCCUCGGCCGACUCUUCCAUCCUUUCGGCGAGCUCCAUGUUUGCGAGGAACAUCUACCAGCUCGCCUUCAGACAGUCGGCGUCGGACCGAGAGAUUGUGUGGGUGAUGCGUAUCACCAUCUUUGUGUUUGGCGGCCUCGCCACAGUGAUGGCCCUCCUCACCGGCUCGGUGUACGGCCUCUGGUACCUGAGCUCGGACCUGGUUUACGUCAUCAUCUUCCCCCAGCUGAUCAGCGUGCUCUUCGUCAAGGGCACCAACACAUACGGCUCGGUGGCCGCCUACCUGUUCGGCAUGGUGCUGCGUAUCGGCGGAGGGGAACCCUACCUGAAGCUGCCUCCUUUCAUCUAUUACCCCGGCUGGACCACCGAGAUAAAGAAGCACCACAUGACCGGAGAGCUGGAGGAGUUCGUCGUCCAGAAGUUUCCCUUCAAGACUGUCUCCAUGGUGGCCUCGUUCCUGGGGAACGUGGCCUUCUCCCACCUGGCCAAGUACCUGUUUGAGAGCGGCAAGAUUUCGCACAAGUACGACUUCCUCGACGCGGUGGUGUCCAAGGACAGCGGCGAGAUCAUGGACAAGACGACGCUUGUCGUGCGCGGCAACAACAUCGGCCUGUCGGAGAUGAAGCCGCGGCUGAGCGUGACCUUGGCGGCCGCCUUCACGCGCCGCGACACACUGCCUGCAGAAACCGUGGAGGAGGAGGAGGAGGACUCGUCAAGCCCAGACUCCUCCCACCAUGAUGAAGAAUGACAAACUCGGGGGAGGAAAAAAAACUGAACAUGUGACCGAACUGCCAGAACGUUGGUUACAUUGUUGGAUACCUUUGGACUAUGGAGAGCCAAACCCCGCUCGUAGAGACUGGAUAUCAGCCCAAUGUCAGGAUAUAGAUAAAUAGUGUAGCAGCUUGCUGAUUGUCCAGCCAUAAAGCUGUCUUUUUUUGUCACAUACACCAUCUCACACACUCACUUCCUUCCUUGAAGCGGUUUGUAGAUAAAGGAACUGUUCAAAAGACUCUUAAUUAGGGCCCGAGCCACGAAUGGCAGGGGCCGUAACGGCUGACCCUACUGUUGUCCUCCAGAUGAUGUGGUUUUGCGGUGGUUUUUGAGGGGGUUAACGUGCAUAGAAACUCUUGAAACUUGAAAAUGCAAUAUCGGCAUAGUUCCUGGACCCAUGUGUUGCUCAAGGGCUCUAUAGCGCCCCCCUAAGGUGAGAACAGAGUCAAAAUUGAGUUCCCUCGAAUUUCCCGAAACUUGGUGGGAAGAUGUUUUCGACCAAGACGAACAAAAAAGUCGACUGUAACCAUGGCCUCAACUCAACAGGAAGUAGGCCAUUUUGAAUUUUGGCAUCCAUUUUAACGAUUUGCACUAUUGAUUUGCAUAUUGAGUGAGGCAAAUAGUGAGGUCAGGGAACUGCUGCACUCCCCGACUUGCAUAGGGAUGCGCAAAUCCUUUUCAAACUGAGGUGAAACUGCAAACUGCAAACUGGUGGUAUACAGUAUCAAAAACGGAUGAUUAACUGACAGCACAACCAGAGUUUGUGUUGUUUGUGCCAAUCAGUUAACAGCAAUAACCUAUACACACAUGUACAACAAUUAUUGUAAAUGUCUGACUGUGAGAGUGUAAGUAAAAACAGAAAUUAUUAAAAAAAAGAAAUGUUUAUUUUAGAGCUUUAAUGUGCCAUAUCGAGGACAUCCAUUCAGCGCGUGACAGAGAUGUACAAAUUCAUUAAAAGUGAAAUAAAAAGCCAAUGGACAGGUCUCUCAUGUUCCCGUCGAACACGUUAAAACUGUGACUCGAGAAAAGGAACGAUCCAUUCAUCACGUCCCGAGUAGAAAAUAUACAAGCAGUCUAUAGUGAAGCAUUAGCCGUUAGUGUUCGCUUUAAUGUCGAGUUUUUAGAAAGUCAUUCGUGUAAAUUAAUAGUGUUUGAAAAUUAUCUUUUUAUUCAGUUGCCUUAAAACCUUCAAGUUCAAGAAAAAAAAGAAGCCACAGCUCGGGAACCAGACGCCGCUCCAACCGCAGUGAUUGAUGACUUGAAUACGAAUGUAACCUCAAGAAAAGAUCCAAUUAUAUCACGUAGUAGUGCGUCGUUGACUUGAUGUUUGUGUACGUUUUUUGUUGCUGUUUGUUAUGUGAUUUGCAAAGUCAAACACGGCGGGUUCUGAUUUACACGUUUAUUUAUCGGUGGUGUACAGGUUAUCUUCUCUGUGCUGUGUAUAUUUGUAUACAUAUGAUGGAAAAAGAAGAAAAGAACAUAUAUAUAUAUAUAGAUAGAUAGAUAGAUAUAAAUGACGCUGGUAUAAAUGUUUAUUUAUUUUUGGUGUCACAAAAAGAUGAAACAAUAAAAAAAAGAAAGAAAACAAUGUAAGGGAAAUAUAUAAACUCUACUUUUGUAAAAAAAGAAAAUGAAAUUUGUGUUUCCACAUCUGUUGUUCGCUGACUUUACUUUAAGAAUAUGGGGUU